AUGACAAUUUACGUGCCGAAACUCAAAUCGUUCAAAACGCUGCGUUGCGCGGUGACGGUGGAGCCCAUGCUGUUCUUGUACUUCGUGGCCAACGUACUGUCAAACAAUGUGGGCACGAACAUGCUGUUGCAUAAAGGAUGCAACCCGAACGCGACCAUGGCACCGGACCUGCACGUGUCGCCGGACUGUCUUCUGGAGAACGGCGCGCAGCACGGCGUCUCGUCCAUUAACGUGUGGAAACACAUGAUCCAAGAACUGCUGUCGCUGGUGUUCAUCAUGUUCGCGGGCCCGUGGAGCGACCGGCACGGCCGUCGUCGCCGGCCGCUGAUGUUCGUGCCGGUGAUUGGACAGAUGACCUGCGACGCGUUCAACUUACUGUCAGCCAUAUUCUGGAACCAGCUGUCACCCACCGUCACCGGCAUCACGCAGUCGCUAAUCCUGUCCGUCACCGGGUCGCAGCACUGCUUCUUCAUCGGCAUGUUCGCGUACCUGGCUGACAUCACCGACACGUCCAACCGGACCAUGCGCAUCGGGUUCGCGUCGGCCGUCCUACCGCUGGCCGCCACCUUGGGAGCGCUGUCCGGUGGUUACCUGAACGUCAGACUCGGGUUCGCCACCGUGUUUGCCUUGAACAUGGGCCUAAACGCGAUUGCCCUGUGCUUGGGCCUGCUGUUUAUUUACGACACGUCCGAACCGUACAAGGCGACUGGUUCGCUGUACAGGAACACAUUCGACCCAAAUAUCGUCGUCCAGAGCUGCAAGACCGUAUUCGUCAGGCGUGACAACCACAAGCGCUUUGUACUCUUGCUUAUGAUCGUCGCCUCGCCGUUGACCGGUGCUCCUUUUGUGGGUGAAAUAGGUCUAAUGUACUUGUAUUUGAGAAAGCAGUUUGGCUUCAAAGAAAUUAAUUUCAGUUUAUUCAGUGCUUACACAAUGGGAAUCAUGCUGUUUGGAUCAUUAUUUUCUCUUGGAAUUUUGAGUCGAUACCUUAAAAUGAACGAUGCAAUGAUCGGUCUGAUUGCUACUUUCUUCGAUAUUGCAACUGCUGUCGGAUUCCUAUUAGUUACUAAACUGCAAUAUUUAUUAUUUGUACCUCCUUUAGAACUGUUUCGUGGUGCAGCAUUAGCUCUCUGUGGUGCCAUAGCUUCGAAAUGCGUGGAAUCUCAUGAACUAGGAUCUAUGAAUGCCGUGAGAAUGGCCAUGGACAAUUUAUCGAAAAGUGCAAUCUUACCAUUGUAUAAUGUAGUGUACAACAGAACGCUAGAGUCUAUGCCUAGUGCCUUUUUCAUCAUCAGCAUAUGUUUAACCGUUCCGUUAAUCGGAUGUUUUGCCAUUACUUAUUACUUGACACGAAAUCAAGUGUCACCUGUUAAACCAAUCCAGGAAAAAAAUUUGGAAGAUACAUCAAAUGAUCUCAACGCUAAUACUACUACUACUAAUACUAAUGAGAUGAAAUCCGACAAUGCUGAAGGACUUGUACAUAUGUGA